UCCUAAUUAUUGUGGUCAAAGUUUGAUUUUGCCAUAUUAUCACUGAAAGUAUCUCGGUCUACUUUUAUCACGUGCUGCUAAUGACUGUUUGCAAGAUUAAAGUUCACAUGGUUUAGAGUUUUAUCAUCACUGGAACCCUCACAGAAAAGCCUGGUGUUUAUUAUUACUUCAUAAAACUUGAUGAUGGGAAUUACACUGGGAGUGGUAUACAAAGACAGAGUUUGGCUGUAAAUCCCAACCUUCAGGUUCAAACUUCAGAUGAAGUCCUCUUACAAAGAAGUUAAGUAUGACAUAGUGCUUGAUUCUGAGAUAAACAAGAAUUAAGAAGACUUUGGUGCUUCCCAACUAACAGAGAGUGGAUAAAGACAGAAAUAAUGGCAACGAGAGGAUCUUUCUCAGAGGCGGACCUCUUAUGUCCCGUGUGCCGCCAUAUCUACAUGGAUCCUGUCAUUUUGUCUUGUGGUCAUAGCUUCUGCAAGGUUUGCUUGGCAAAAUGCUGGCAGAAGAAAAAAUCUUUGAAAUGUCCUUCGUGCAAGAGACGGUCUUCCAAACUGUUGCCUCCACCAAACCUGAACUUAAAAACCAUGUGUGACAGAUUUCGUCUGGACAAAUACGAGUCAGCCACACCUGAGAUGUUUUGCAGGCUGCAUAAAGAGAACCUCAAGCUCUUCUGCCUUGAGGACAAACAGCCGGUGUGUGUUGUGUGCCGAGACUCAAAGCUACACAGCAACCACAGUUUCAGACCGCUGGACGAGGCAGCGCAAGAACACAGGGAGGAGGUUCAAUCUAAACUGAAACCCCUGCAAGACAACCUCGAGUCGUUUCUAAAGGCAAAACGGACUUGUGAUCUUAACAUAAAAUACAUUAAGAACCAGGCUCAACAUACAGAAAAGCGAAUUAAGAGCGAGUUUCAGAAACUUCAUCAGUUUCUACAAGAUGAAGAGACGAAGCAAAUAUCUGCACUGAAGGAGGAGCUGAAUGAGAAAUGCCGAAUGUUAAACGAAAACUCCAACUUUAUAGCCAAUGAGAUUGUACAGCUUUCAGCAACUAUCAAAUCUAUCCUAGAAGAAUUAGCGACCGAGGAUAUCUCUUUUCUUAAGAACUACAAAACUGCUCUGGAAAGAACUGAGUAUCAGCUGAAGGAUACCGAAACAGAGUCUGAACCACUGAUUGAUGUGGCGAAGCAUCUGGGUAACCUGCAGUUUAAAGUGUGGAAGAAGAUGAAAGAUAUGGUUGAAUACUAUCCUGUGAUUCUAAACCCUAACACCGCACACCCGUGUCUCAAUCUGUCGCACGACCUGACUAUGUUUGUGUUCCAAGAUAAGUAUGAGCCGCUACCUGAAAACCCAGAGAGACAUAACUAUCAUUUGUGGGUCCUAGGCUCUAAGGGCUUAAACUCAGGGACUCACUGCUGGGAGGUCGAGGUGGAAAACAGUGUGGAAUGGGCUCUAGGUGUUCUGACUGGCUCUGAUGGAAAAGAUUCUACAGUGCGUUCCUACAGUGCAAGUGUAUGGAAAAGUUGUUACCAAAACGUUACGUAUGGUGCCAGUGCCACUGGAGGGUCUACCACCAUCCUCAAUUUGACGAAGGACCUGAAGAGGAUCAGAGUGCAGCUGGACUGGGACCACGGACACGUCUCAUUCUCAGACCCAGUCACCGGCCACAAUCUAAAAACCUUUUUCUACAGUUUUACAGACAGAGUCUAUCCAUACUUCUGCAAUCAAUGUGAACUUUAUCCUCUGAGAAUUUUACCAGCAGAUACUUCUGUCAGUGUAGAACAGUCUGGACACAGUACAUAUCACCUUGCUUGUGAUAAUACGGACUUUUCUGCUUAGUUGUGUACACGGUGGCAAGAGAGAGAAUUGACAAAAUCAGAAAGAAUGUUGGAUUAUUUACACGUGAAUAACUUCUUGAUGCUUGACAUUAUGACAACAUGUUUUUCAUCCACUAGUCACAGGAAUGACAUUUGUAUCAUGCUACACCAGUUUAACAAUAAAACUGCAGUGAAUUUAUACUUUUAUAAAUAACAUAAUAACAAAAUAGCACACAAACUUGUUCUCCCAAGUAGCGCCACAGAAAUGCAUUUGCACUACCAUCCAAACUCGUGGUCUCCCAAUAAUGCCAGAGUUAUGGUAUAAUGAUGGGUGGGAAUCGGCAAGACCAAAUAUGGCAGAAAAUGGGGCUGUAAAAACCCACACAAAUGUUCAUUUUAUUAUUUCAUAUUUAUUAUUUACAGUUGCAGUUAUUAAAGUUAUGCUUCAUUACAUUUGUUUAGGGCUGCAACUAACGGUUAUUUGCAUAUUCGUUUAGUUGGCCAAUUUAAAAGCACUGAAUUAAACUACAGUCCUACAUUAAUAAUAAAAACUCACUUUC